AUGGAAGAAAUUGUGAAGGAUUUGAAAAAGAUUAAAACAAAGAAAAAUGAAGAUGAUGGAUUAGAUGAGUGUGAGCCUGUGUCUCCAUGUGCCCGUUUAUUCAAGCAAAUAAAUUGCCAUGUUAUUUGCUUGUUUGGUUGCAAACAUGAGAUAGAUAUCCAAGAGCUCAAAAAUAAUGUGGAAAAUUCACCACUCUUCAAACACAAGCGUUUUUCUAGUAUCCUGAAGGCAGGCAGGAAGGGAAAGCUGAGAUGGGUUCCAACAAAAGCCAACAUAGAUGAUCAUAUCAUAGUCCCACAGAUAGAUCUGAGCAUGAACAGUGAGAAUUGUGUAGGGUUUGUUGAGGAUUAUGCUGCCAAAUUAGGCACAGCUCCUCCACUGGAUCCAUCAAAGCCUCUGUGGCAACUCCAUGUUUUGAACAUGAAGUCAGCAGAAGCAGAAGCAACCAUGAUAUUCAGAAUCCACCAUUGUAUAGGAGAUGGAGUGUCUCUUAUGUCUCUCUGCUUUGCUUGUUCCCGAAAAACAAAUGAUCCCAAAUCCUUGCCCACAUUACCACGCCCUGCUCAAAGACCCACAAGACCAAUCAGCCUUGUCUACUUAAUUUUUAUGUUAUUUCUAAGGUUUCUGCUUAUGAUGUAUUUCAGCUUUCAGGAUUCAUUAGGAAUUGUGGGUACCCUGUCAAACUUUAUCAGGGAUAGCAAUACACCCAUUAAGGGAUCAGACGGAGUGGGAUCCAUGCCUAAGCGUCUAGCACAUGUUUGUUUCAGUUUGGAGGAUGUCAAAACUAUUAAAAAUGCUGUGAAUGGGACUGUAAAUGAUGUGAUUAUAGGAACUCUAGCAGCCGGCCUGGUGAGAUAUUUAGACAGGAUAUAUGCAAGUAGGGAACAAACUUUGCCAUCAAACUUACUAGUUAGGCUUGCAAUGCCUGUGAAUACGAGGGCAGUACCAGGCUUACAAGAGCUGGCAGACUUGGAAAAUAAAAAGGAGCAGUGUAGAUGGGGUAAUGAUCUUGGAUUUUUUAUAAUUUCUCUUCCUCUACAAAAAUAUGAAGAUCCUCUUCAAUAUGCACAGGCUGCAAAAAUAAUCUGCAAGAAAAAGAAAUCAUCACUGGAGAUGUACAUUACUUAUUUAACUGCCUACCUUUCAGGCCAGAUGAGUGAGAAUAUUUGGUACAGAAUGAGUUCCAACACAACAUUAACAUUCUCCAACACAGUUGCACCAGAAGAGGAAAUUGAUUUCUUUGGUCAGAGUAUUACUUACAUUGCCCCCACAACAGUUGGUCAGCCACAUUCUUUGGCAGUGUAUUUUAUGAGUUACAUGGGGAAAGUCAGGCUGGUGGUCACAUCUGCAGAGGAAUUCAUGCCUGAUCCAGAGCGCCUUUGUUUGGAUUGUGUUGAGAGUCUUGGUCACAUGAAGCAAGCAGCUGCUGCCAAAACAAAUGGUUUACUGAGGAAACUCUGAGAAUGUUUAUUGUGUUUAUUUGGAGUUUUAUGGGUUAACUAGAUUUCUAGUGUUGUAAUAGAUGAUUAGAUUGUGUAGGUGGUUCUUUAGGGGGAAGUUUUAAAUCAUAUGGAAAAUAAGGAUUGUACUAUAUCUGUUGAAUCAAAUGAAUUUUUAGAUAUAGUCUUCAGUAAUAAAUAUGUAGGAAUGGAUAAGAUGAGAUUGGAUAA